AUGAAGACGUUUUACCUUACCGCCAGUCUAUUCCUCUUUGUACAAUGCAGUGACGCCGUGAGAGAACUAGUGCAUAAUCCAAGAAGUCCUGCAGCUUGCAACACGUCAACGACUUUUGCCUGCACAUCAGAGCCCGGAAAGUGCAUCCCGAACUCGUGGAAAUGUGAUGGGGAUAUCGAUUGUCUGAAAGGCGAAGAUGAGGAGAAAUGCAGUGAUACGUGCCCCGAUGACGAGUUCAAAUGUGGUGGUGAUCAAGAGAAAAGUGGUGGAACAAAAGCUAUCAAUGGUUGCAUUCCGAAGAAGUGGCGAUGUGAUGGAGAAUUUGACUGUGACGACCAUUCAGAUGAGAAAGAUUGCCCAGAAAUCAAGUGCAAAGAGGAUCAGUUCAAAUGUUCCGAAUUUGAUGGUCAAUUCACGCUUUGCAUCCCGAACUCGUGGAAAUGCGAUGGACAGAAUGACUGCGCCAGUGGUGCCGAUGAAGAAGGAUGUCACGAUCGUGUUUGCACGGAUAACGACUUCAAAUGUCGCAACGGUGUUUGUAUCUUCAAGAGCUGGACUUGUGAUGGAGAAGACGAUUGCGGAGAUGGGAGCGAUGAGGACAAAGAAGUUUGUGAGAAGGAGCAAAAGACGGCCUGCAAUCUUGAUCGGAUGUUCCGAUGUGAAUCUGGAAAUGGAUGCAUCCCGCGAGAAUGGAUGUGCGAUGGGGAGAGCGACUGCCGAGAUCACUCCGACGAAGAGAAUUGCACAGUUGCAACAGCGGCCAGUUGCAGUCACAAAACGGAAUUUGCUUGCAAGACGGGCAAAUUCUGCAUCAGCUCUCAGUGGAAGUGUGACGGAGAGAUUGAUUGCCCGGAUGGAUCAGACGAAACCGAAUGCAACCCGAAAACGUGCGGAGCUGACGAAAGAAGUUGUUCGAGCGAGAAUCCGAAACUGCCGGCAGCGACUCUCUGUUUCCCAGAAACAUUUUGGUGCAAUGGCCGUGAAGAUUGUCCCAAUGGAGAGGACGAAAUGAACUGCACUAAACUUGAAACAAAGAAAUGCGGUGACUAUGAAUACGAAUGCCCCGGCUCAAACAAUUUAUGUAUACAGCGUGACAAACUUUGCUCUACGAACAAGGAAAACUGCUUGAGUGACGACUUUUGUUCAAAGGAUAUCAAAGAUUGCACUCCCAACUCAAACUUCUGCAAAAAAACCGACUCCUAUGUGAAAAACUUCUCGGUCUAUCAGUGUGCCAAGGGAUUCAAGGCCGUGAAUGGCGUCUGUGAAGAUAUUGAUGAGUGCAAGGAAAUUCCCGGUGUGUGCGAUCAACUUUGUCAGAAUUUGCCAGGAUCAUAUCGAUGCGGAUGCCAUCGCGGCUACAAGCUCAGCCAAACCAAGGGGGGGCUGAUACCGACGAAGUGUCGAGCAAUUGGUGGUGACCCGCUCGUUUUGCUCUCGAAUCGUGCCACCAUUCGUCAAUUCGACAUCGUAACAAAUGUUCACGAAGCUUUGGUUCAAUCGCCGGGAUCCGCUGUUGCCAUGGAUUUCCACUUGAGCAAUAAUACGAUUAUCUGGUCUGACAUCACUCAACAGAAGAUCCUUAUGUGCAAGGUUCAAAACGGAAACGGAUCGGCGAGGAAGAGCUUCAUUCUUGAUGGAAACAAUUGCAAGCCUUCGAAUCAGUUUGUGGUGUUUGAAGGUGAAGUGCAUACACCCGACGGUUUGGCGAUUGACUGGGUGCACAACUUGUUGUUCUGGACAGACGGUGGACUUGAUCAAAUCAGUGUCAUGAAUCUGGACACGCGUCAAAAGAAAGUCCUCUUCACUGACAAACUGGAGGAGCCACGAGCGAUCGCCGUUGACCCGGAGUUUGGGCUCAUCUUUUGGACCGAUUGGGGACAGGAGGCCAAAAUUGAGAGAGCCGGAAUGGAUGGAAAAAAUAGAACGGUGAUCAUGCAAGGCGAACAAGUGAAGUGGCCGAACGGUUUGGCGUUGGAUCUUCUGGAGAAGCGAGUCUACUGGGCCGAUGCGAAAGUAAAGAGCAUCCUGUCAUGCGACUACUACGGAAAUAAUAUCAAGACGGUUCUUCACUCUCACUCAUACCUUCGUCAUCCAUUCUCAUUGGCGGUGUUCGAGGAUCGAGUUUACUUCACCGAUUGGGAGCAUGAUGGUGUGAUCAGUGUGAACAAGUUCACUGGCGGUGAUGUGCAAAAGUUGAUGGGCAAAGUGAGCACUCCGAUGACUGUCCGGAUCUAUCACAAACAGGCUCAACCAGAGCACAGCAACAAAUGCAGCAACGAAGGUGAAAGUCCGUGCGCAAAGGAGCGCAUGUGUCUUCCAACUGGCGCAAUUCGUGGAAAAGAUAGUACUCAAGAGAAGCCCUACAGUGGCCGUCCGUUCAGCUGUGUUUGCCAGGGAGGUCUGGGCGAUGGACUUGAGGAAACCGCCGAAUGCCUUGCUGAAGUGAUCGCUGGAAACCCGGGAUUCUCCUUGUCAACGAUGCUCCUUCUGGCUGUGCUGGCAAUUUUUGUCGUUGGUGGUUAUGCUUUCUACCGUAACCGCAAAGGAAGCUCGUUCACCGCACUUAACUUUGACAAUCCGGUCUACCGACGAACUGUGGAGCCGGAUAUGAACGAUCCAUUCAGUGAUCCGUUCCGUGCGGAGGGCACCGUCAACGUCUCUGGACCGACUCAAGUUGAACAACCAAGUCGGCUCGUGAUUCACGAUGAAGGAGAGAAUGAUCGACACUUCACG